GAACUUCUCUUCGCUCUUGUUUGACUCACGUGACUAUGCGACGGUUGAAAAUUAGAAGUAGCUUUAGUCAUGCCGUACCAACCGUCAGAUGAAACGGGUUAGAUCAUAAUCGACGGGCGAGAACCGCGCUCGAGAAUCGAUGUCGGUGAUCGCGUUUACGUGAUAUCACAAAACGACACAACUCCUUGAAAUGAUGAAAUCUAUUACUAGAAGAGACAAGUGUGGGGCCCAUUUCACAAAUCACAACAUGGAAGAUCAAGUAUCAUGGAAAGGGGUCCCACUGUUUAGAUUCGGCGCGUGAUCUCCAUCUGUUAGGUUGCGUGACUAAAUAGCUUUUAGUUGUUGUCUAAACAACCUUAAUUAAUCGAAUGCAUAAAUACUUUGUUUAUAACGAUGUUGAGAUUUAAAUCUAUAAUAUAAUACCACAGUUGAGGCUCUCCCUGCUUGCCACGUCAUCAUUUUUUUCGCGGGUGGGCUUUUCUCUUUUAUUUUUUGGGCUUCUCUUAAGAAUAUUUUAUUUUCCUCGCGGCCUAUAACUUCUCAUCUCAAUACUCGACGACACAAAAGAAAGCACGAUUAGGGAUUCUGCUGCCUCUGUCUAGAUCUUUCUAUGGCGAUUCCUCUUCCGAUUUUCAUCUUCUAAGAUCGAUCUUUAACACACUGCGCUAUGGCCACGAAUCGAUUCAUCAUUCCGGCCAAUUAACACCACAAAUCCCACGAACUCUCCGUCUUCUUAUGCGUAUCAAAACCCAUUAACACCACAAAUCCGGAGAUGGCUGAGACUGGAAUCAAGCUUCACAACCAUGCUAUCUCAGUUUAUCUUCACUCCAAAAGCUAGAAUCCUCUUUCGAAAAUGUUUCUUUGUAAACAUGGAUGUGGCCGCAGUGGAAACUGAUCGAUUGCGAUUAUCUCCAUCGUUCUUUCGAAGAUGGAGAAGUGAAAGAGGCGAAAAGGAUACGGACAGUCGUGAGGAAGGAGAGUUGGGUUACUGGGAACACAAAUUACUAACCGAACUUCUCGAGCAAAUUCAAGCAUCGCAACACCGGCGAAAUCCCCCAUCGUCUUGGAAAGCUUCGGGUUUUGAAAUCUAUGAUCGUGGCUCUAUCAGUUCACAGGAUCCAUCAAGACCCAAGCUGUUGAUACACCCUAUUGCUUCCCGUAAAGGUAAACUCUAUCUGAACUCCAAACCAGUGAUCACAUUUUAUUUUGCCAUCAAAGAGUUCAUAAGCAGCUUGGGAGGUGCAGCAGCAGAGGUUUUCCCGUGUAUUGAUACCAGGGAAGGAAUAAAAAAAGAACUUGUGCCAACCAGAGAUCUAAACACAUACAUCUCCAACUCUAACAAGCAGACACAGGUAUGUGUUUCUCCUGGCAUUACCGGGGUUAUCAGUGUCACGUUUGUGAUCUUGAACAGGGAGUUGAUUAAGCUCAUCAAGCAAGAUGCAGCUACUCUGGCUCUUGAGGAGAUGAGUGGCGGUGGAGGGCAAGAUCUACCAAGAUGCCUUGAAGAUCUAGCUGGCGAGGAUUACAUUUUUCCAGAUUGUCACUCAAUACAGGUUCACUUCAAACCACCACUGUACCUUCAGAGUCUCUGCAAUCAGUGAUGAUAGCUUCUUUGGCACUCAAUCAGAUAGUAGCAGUAGCAACCAAGCUUAAGUCGUUGACAGGGAUGGUGGACAAGCAACAGCAGCAACCAGCUACACGGUUGAUGCAGCGAAGAGAGCUAUGGGAGUUGACGAAGCACAUCCUCCCGACUUUGAAGACAAAGAAAAACCUGCAAAUGCUCCCGUCAGUGAUAGUUUGAAGUCGAUCAAACUGUCUAUCCCACUUAGUCUUCAUUGCUUUUAAAAUUGCAACAUUCCUAUGUUUUCCCUAUUUUAAACUUUGCUUCUAUCUUGCAUUUUCGGCUACUAUGAUUUCAUAUAAUAAAGGCAAGUUGACAGGUCUUUGCAUAA